UUACAUACAUACAUAACAGAGUUACCAAAAUGUGUUUCUUCUGUUGAAAUAUAAAUACGGAGAAUACGUGACGUGUUAUUUUAAUUAUUUAACGAACAUUAAACGUUAAUGAAAUUAGUUGAUAGCUCUUAGUUAUUACUGUGUUGUGAAAGUUGUAUUAUCCAUCGUACAAUGAUAUAAUUCACUUGUAUAUAGUAAUAAUUGCUUGUUUACAUUAACAUAACCUAUUAUGGAUGUUCCAACACCUUCGAAUGUAAAUCAUGGAUUUUCUCAUAAUACUGAUGGAUUUUUAAAUAUAUCUAUUGAAUCUCCAAAUUUGGAUCCAUUGUCGACAAAACGUAGAAGUUCUUCACGUACAAUAAAGCGUAGAAAAUUUGACGAUGAGCUUGUUGAAACAACAUUCAAUUUACAACCUCCAGCUACAAGUACAAAGUCUGCCUCUAGAUCUAAGACUGUCUCAGUUUCUACUACUCCAUUAGAAUCUGCUGUUCCCCAACAAAAUGCACCAAGUCCCAUUCAGGUUUCUACAAAUGUUUCUCAAUCGGAUAGAUGUAAUAGACGAACAAGUAGACCAGGUGCGUCAAAUGCUCCUGGACGAAAAAAUAAAAAGAAUAAGAAUCAUUCACAUUCAGUGAAUGCAACAAAAGAUUUAGGAAGAUGGAAACCAACGGAUGAUUUAGCAUUGAUCACUGGUGUGCAGCAGACAAAUGAUCUUAGAAUGGUUCACAGAGGCACAAAAUUUUCUUGUCGUUUUACAUUACAAGAAAUACAACAAAGAUGGUAUGCUUUGCUAUAUGACAGUGCAGUUUCAAGAGUAGCAGUACAAGCUAUGCGUAAUUUACAUCCAGAAUUAAUUGCUAGUGUGCAAGCAAGAACUUUAUAUAGUAAAGCAGAGGAAGAUCUUCUGGGUACAAUAAAAUCGACUACUCAACCAACGGUAGAAGUUUUUCAAGAACUUCUUGAAGCAAAUGCUCAUACAUUUUAUUCUGCUCGAACUGCAAAAGCUUUAUUAGCUCACUGGCAGUUAAUGAAACAAUAUCAUCUACUUCCUGACCAAACAGUACAAAGUUUACCAAGAGGUGAACAUGUUCUUAAUUUUUCUGAUGCAGAAGAAAUGAUUAAUGACACAGAAUUAAUGGAACAAAAAGAUGAGCUGAUAGAUGCAGAACUUAUUGCAGCAGAUAGAAGAAAUAAAAGAGAAAUAAAGGUGUUAGAAAAUGAAUUAAGCAGAUGGCAAGUUUUAGUUGAUAGUGUAACAGGAGUAAAUCCACCAGAUUUUGAUAAUCAAACUUUGGCGAUACUUAGAGGAAGACUCGUUAGGUAUUUAAUGAGAUCACGGGAGAUCACUGUAGGUCGUUCAACAAAAGAUCACAAUGUAGAUGUAGAUUUAUCAUUGGAAGGUCCAGCUUGGAAAAUAUCAAGGAGACAAGGAACCAUUCGGUUAAGAAACAAUGGAGAUUUCUUUCUUUCCUCAGAAGGGAAACGACCAAUUUUUGUAGAUAGUAGGCCCAUUCUUGCAGGAAAUAAAAUGAAGCUGAAUAAUAAUAGCGUAAUUGAGAUUGCUGGUCUGAGAUUUAUAUUUUUAAUAAAUCAAGAACUGAUUUCUGUUAUACGUCAAGAAGUAGUCAAAUUAAAUUUAAAACCAUGAGUGUUCUAUUUCAUUCCAUAAUUGAUAUUAUGCACUAUUAUAAAUGAUGUCUUGUCUCGUAUACAUUUAUCGCAUUAUAUAGGAGUUUUGUAUAAAGUAAAUAAUUGUUCCAUUAAAAAAUUAAUAAAUUUUGCUCAAUUUUGUAUAUUGCAA